CCGCCCGGGCACCGGGAGCAGCGCCCGGGAGAAGGAGAGAGAGGGGCAGCCAUGGCCGAGGGGGGCGAGGGCGAGGACGAGAUCCAGUUCCUGCGAACUAAUUACAGUUUGACAAUUGGAACCACAUCUAGAACAUGGGAAGCGCACUUUGUUGUUGAUGACGAAGUGGUUCUGCAGUGCACUGCAACUGUUCACAAGGAGCAACAGAAAUUGUGUCUUGCUGCAGAAGGAUUUGGCAACAGGCUUUGCUUUUUGGAAUCCACAUCAAAUUCUAAGAAUGUUCCACCUGAUUUGUCCAUCUGCACCUUUGUGCUGGAGCAGUCUCUGUCAGUACGGGCCCUCCAGGAAAUGCUGGCUAAUACAGAAGAAAAGGCAGAAGGGUCUGCACAAGGUGGUGGUCAUCGAACACUACUCUAUGGGCAUGCAAUCCUGCUGCGCCAUUCCUACAGUGGCAUGUAUCUAUGCUGCCUCUCUACAUCUCGAUCUUCAAUGGAUAAGCUGGCUUUUGAUGUAGGGUUGCAAGAGGACACAACAGGUGAGGCAUGCUGGUGGACCAUCCAUCCUGCUUCUAAGCAACGAUCAGAAGGAGAAAAAGUGCGUGUUGGAGAUGAUCUUAUUUUAGUCAGCGUCUCUUCAGAAAGAUAUUUGCAUCUCUCUUAUGGCAAUGGUAGCUUACAUGUUGAUGCAGCCUUCCAGCAGACGCUCUGGAGUGUAGCACCAAUCAGUUCAGGAAGUGAAGUUGCCCAAGGAUAUCUGAUCGGAGGGGAUGUUCUGAGGUUAUUGCAUGGUCACAUGGAUGAAUGUUUGACAGUCCCUUCGGGUGAACAUGGAGAAGAACAAAGAAGAACUGUCCACUAUGAAGGUGGUGCUGUCUCAAUUCAUGCUCGUUCCCUUUGGCGACUAGAGACUCUAAGAGUUGCGUGGAGUGGCAGCCACAUUAGAUGGGGACAGCCAUUCAGACUAAGACAUAUAACAACCGGAAAAUAUUUAAGUCUCCUGGAUGACAAGAGUCUUCUUCUUACAGACAAAGAGAAAGCAGAUGUAAAAUCUACAGCAUUCUGUUUUCGGUCCUCCAAGAAGGUCAAAGAAAAGUUGGACAUAGGGACAAGAAAAGAGGUGGAUGGAAUGGGAGCACCUGAAAUAAAAUACGGGGAUUCAAUAUGCUUCAUACAACAUGUAGAUACAGGCUUAUGGCUCACGUACCAGUCUGCUGAUGCAAAGUCUGUAAGAAUGGGUUCUGUGCAGCGGAAGGCAAUAAUGCACCAUGAAGGUCACAUGGAUGAUGGUUUAACAUUGUCCAGAUCUCAGAAUGAAGAAUCCCGUACAGCACGUGUCAUCCGUAGUACAGUCUUCCUUUUCAACAGGUUUAUAAGGGGUCUUGAUGCUCUCAGCAAGAAAGUGAAGUCUUCCACCAUCGAUUUGCCUAUCGAGUCAGUCAGUCUGAGCCUUCAGGACUUGAUUGGCUACUUUCAUCCUCCUGAUGAACAUUUGGAGCAUGAAGACAAACAAAACAGGCUCCGAGCACUGAAGAAUCGCCAGAACCUCUUCCAGGAAGAGGGUAUGAUCAACCUUGUUCUUGAAUGUAUUGAUCGCUUGAAUGUAUACAGCAGUGCAGCUCAUUUUGCAGAUGUAGCUGGGAAGGAAGCUGGAGAAGCAUGGAAAUCUAUUCUGAAUUCUUUGUAUGAAUUACUAGCGGCUCUGAUUCGAGGGAAUCGUAAAAACUGUGCUCAAUUUUCUGGAUCUCUUGAUUGGUUGAUCAGCAGAUUAGAAAGACUGGAAGCCUCUUCUGGGAUUCUAGAGGUUUUACACUGUGUAUUGGUGGAAAGCCCAGAAGCUCUAAACAUUAUUAAGGAAGGACAUAUUAAAUCAAUCAUCUGUCUUUUGGACAAACAUGGAAGAAACCAUAAGGUUUUGGAUGUUUUGUGUUCUCUCUGUGUUUGUCAUGGAGUCGCUGUGCGGUCUAAUCAGCAUCUAAUCUGUGAUAAUCUCCUGCCAGGAAGAGAUCUGCUCUUACAGACACGCCUUGUCAACCAUGUGAGCAGCAUGCGACCCAACAUCUUCUUGGGGAUUAGUGAAGGCUCUGCCCAAUACAGAAAAUGGUACUAUGAACUUAUGGUGGACAAUAUAGAGCCGUUUGUAACUGCAGAAUCAACUCAUCUACGAGUGGGCUGGGCUUCAACAGAGGGCUACUCACCGUAUCCAGGGGGAGGAGCAGAAUGGGGAGGAAAUGGUGUGGGUGAUGACUUGUAUUCCUAUGGCUUCGAUGGUCUGCAUCUGUGGUCAGGUUGUGUAGCACGAACAGUAAAUUCUCCCAACCAACAUCUAUUAAGAACUGACGAUGUUAUUAGCUGCUGUUUGGACCUGAGUGCCCCCAGCAUCUCUUUCCGGAUAAAUGGUCAGCCAGUUCAAGGAAUGUUUGAGAAUUUCAACAUAGAUGGCCUCUUCUUCCCAGUUGUCAGCUUCUCUGCAGGAAUAAAGGUACGUUUCUUGCUUGGAGGUCGCCAUGGAGAGUUCAAGUUCCUUCCUCCACCCGGAUAUGCCCCUUGCUUUGAAGCUGUCCUGCCGAAAGAGAAGCUGAAAGUGGAGCAUAGCCGAGAGUACAAGCAGGAUCGUAGCUAUACGAGAGACCUUCUGGGUCCCACUAUCUCUCUGUCACAAGCAGCUUUCACUCCAGUUCCUGUAGAUACUAGCCAGAUUGUUUUGCCUCCCCACCUGGAAAGGAUUAGAGAAAAAUUAGCAGAGAACAUCCAUGAACUAUGGGUUAUGAAUAAGAUUGAACUUGGCUGGCAGUAUGGACCAGUUAGAGAUGACAACAAAAGACAACACCCAUGCUUAGUGGAGUUCUCAAAAUUGCCGGAGCAGGAAAGAAAUUAUAACUUGCAAAUGUCACUUGAAACACUGAAAACCCUGCUGGCAUUAGGCUGCCAUGUUGGCAUUGCUGAUGAACAUGCUGAAGAAAAAGUGAAAAAAAUGAAACUUCCAAAGAACUAUCAGUUGUUGAGUGGGUAUAAGCCUGCUCCCAUGGAUCUGAGUUUUAUCAAACUGACGCCAUCUCAAGAAGCUAUGGUGGAUAAACUAGCAGAGAAUGCUCACAAUGUGUGGGCAAGGGACCGUAUAAGGCAAGGCUGGACAUACGGUAUCCAGCAGGAUGUGAAAAAUCGACGAAAUCCUCGCCUUGUACCUUAUGCUCUUUUGGAUGAUCGGACAAAGAAGUCAAACAAAGACAGUCUUCGGGAAGCAGUCCGCACCCUACUAGGCUAUGGUUACAACCUGGAAGCUCCUGAUCAAGAUCAUGGAGAUGCUGCACUGGAUGUGUGCAGCGGGAUAAUGGAAAAAUUCAGGAUCUUCCGCACAGAAAAGACUUAUGCAGUGAAGGCUGGGAAGUGGUACUUUGAGUUUGAGGCAGUUACUGCAGGAGACAUGAGAGUUGGCUGGACCAGGCCAGGUUGUCUGCCAGAUCAGGAACUUGGCUCAGAUGAAGAAGCUUUCGUUUUUGAUGGCUUUAAGGCACAGCGGUGGCAUCAGGGUAAUGAGCAUUUUGGCCGCUCUUGGUUGGCAGGAGAUGUUGUUGGAUGUAUGGUUGACAUGAAUGAGCACACUAUGAUGUUCACCUUAAAUGGUGAAAUCCUGCUUGAUGACUCAGGUUCAGAACUUGCAUUCAAGGACUUUGAGGUUGGUGACGGAUUUCUACCUGUGUGCAGCCUGGGCCCAUCUCAAGUGGGAAGAAUGAACUUUGGAAAAGAUGUCAGCACUCUAAAAUAUUUCACUAUCUGUGGCUUACAGGAAGGGUAUGAACCCUUUGCUGUUAAUACAAACAGAGACAUCACCAUUUGGCUGAGUAAAAGGCUCCCGCAGUUUCUACCAGUGCCACAAAAUCAUGAACAUAUUGAGGUGAUGAGAAUUGAUGGCACCAUAGACAGCUGCCCCUGCCUGAAGGUCACACAGAAGUCCUUUGGUUCACAGAACAGUAAAACAGACGUCAUGUUUUUUCGAUUAAGCAUGCCCAUUGAAUGUGCUGAGGUGUUCUCCAGAUCAGCUGCAGGAGGGUUACCAGGAUCUGGUCUUUUUGGCCCAAAGAAUGACUUGGAGGAUUAUGAUGCUGAUUCUGAUUUUGAGUACUAUUAUUCAGUGAGAAUAUUUCCUGGUCAAGAACCUGCUAAUGUCUGGGUGGGCUGGAUUACAUCUGACUUUCACCAAUAUGACACAAGCUUUGACUUGGACAGAGUGCGUACUGUCACAGUUACACUGGGAGAUGAAAAAGGGAAGGUUCAUGAGAGUAUAAAACGCAGCAACUGCUAUAUGGUGUGCGCAGGAGAGAGCAUGAGCCCUGGACAAGGACGUAAUAAUAAUGGUCUGGAGAUUGGUUGCUUGGUUGAUGCUGCCAGUGGCCUGCUGACCUUCACAGCUAAUGGCAAGGAACUAGGCACGUACUAUCAGGUUGAACCAAGUACAAAGUUAUUUCCUGCUGUAUUUGCUCAAGCUACAAGCCCCAAUGUUUUCCAGUUUGAAUUGGGAAGAAUAAAGAAUGUAAUGCCGCUAUCUGCUGGCUUAUUCAAAAGUGAACACAAAAACCCGGUCUCUCAAUGUCCUCCGCGUCUCCAUGUCCAAUUUCUGACUCAUGUGCUUUGGAGCAGAGUGCCAAACCACUUCUUGAAGGUUGAUGUCUCUCGGAUCAGUGAACGUCAAGGCUGGAUGAUACAGUGCCUGAAUCCUUUGCAGUUCAUGGCCCUUCAUAUUCCUGAAGAAAACAGAACAAUUGAUAUUUUAGAGCUGACAGAACAAGAAGAAUUGCUGAAAUUUCACUACCAUACUCUCCGAUUAUAUUCAGCUGUUUGUGCUUUAGGCAACAACCGAGUGGCCCAUGCUAUGUGCAGCCAUGUGGAUGAAUCUCAGCUCCUGUAUGCUAUUGAGAAUAAAUAUAUGCCAGGAUUAUUACGUGCAGGAUAUUAUGACUUACUCAUUGACAUCCAUCUCAAUACCUAUGCAACUGCCAGGUUAAUGAUGAAUAAUGAAUUUAUAGUUCCAAUGACAGAUGAGACCAAGAGUAUUACUUUGUUUCCUGAUGAAAACAAAAAACAUGGCCUCCCUGGUAUAGGACUUAGCACCUCAUUAAGGCCAAGAAUGCAGUUCUCCUCUCCGAGUUUUGUAAGCAUUAGUAGUGAAUGCUUUCAGUUCAGUCCUGAAUUCCCUCUGGAAAUCUUAAAGGCCAAAACCAUAGAGAUGCUGACUGAAGCUGUUCAGGAGGGCAGCCUCCAUGUCAGAGAUCCAGUUGGAGGUUCUACAGAAUUUCUGUUUGUCCCUCUCAUCAAGCUCUUUUAUACCCUCCUAAUUAUGGGAAUCUUCCACAAUGGGGAUCUGAAACACAUCUUGCAGUUGAUUGAGCCCCGGGUUUUCAAAGAAGCAAUGAGCCAGGAGGAUGAAAUCGAUUUCUCGGAGAAGGAGCUGAGUGCAGAUGAGCUCAAGUCAGAAGAAGGAGAGGAAGAAACCAGAGGGGAGCAAGUGCCAAAGGAAGGACUCCUUCAGAUGAAACUUCCAGAACCUGUUAAAUUACAGAUGUGUCAUCUUCUCCAGUACCUGUGUGACUGCCAAGUACGACACCGAAUAGAAGCCAUUGUAGCAUUUUCGGAUGAUUUUGUGGCCAAGCUUCAAGAGAAUCAGCGCUUCCGGUACAAUGAAGUGAUGCAGGCCUUAAACAUGUCUGCUGCCCUGACAGCUAGGAAAACAAAAGAAUUUCGAUCCCCACCUCAGGAGCAGAUUAACAUGCUGCUGAACUUUAAAGAUGAUAAAAAUGAUUGUCCUUGCCCUGAAGAAAUUCGGGAUCAACUCUUGGAUUUCCAUGAAGAUCUAAUGACACACUGUGGAAUUGAACUAGAUGAAGAUGGAACCUUGGAUGGAAACAGUGAUUUAACCAUUAGGGGUCGUCUCCUAUACCUUAUGGAAAAAGUUACUUAUCUGAAGAAGAAGCAAGCCGAGAAGCCAGUUGAUGAUGAUGCUAAGACAUCCUCUACUCUUCAGCAGUUGAUUUCAGACACAAUGGUACGCUGGGCCCAGGAAUCGGUGAUAGAAGACCCGGAGUUAGUGAGGGCCAUGUUUGUAUUGCUACAUCGCCAAUAUGAUGGUAUCGGUGGCCUGGUUCGAGCCCUACCAAAGACCUACACCAUAAAUAGUGUGUCUGUGGAAGACACAAUCAAUCUUCUGGCAUCCCUCGGCCAAAUCCGUUCCUUGCUUAGUGUCAGAAUGGGGAAGGAGGAAGAGAAACUUAUGAUUCGUGGAUUAGGAGACAUCAUGAAUAAUAAAGUAUUUUACCAACAUCCAAAUCUUAUGAGAGCUUUAGGCAUGCAUGAAACUGUCAUGGAAGUGAUGGUAAAUGUGCUUGGUGGAGGAGAAUCCAAGGAAAUCACUUUCCCAAAGAUGGUGGCAAACUGCUGUCGUUUUCUAUGUUAUUUCUGCCGCAUCAGCAGGCAGAAUCAAAAAGCUAUGUUUGAUCAUCUUAGCUAUUUAUUGGAAAACAGUAGUGUUGGCCUUGCCUCUCCUUCUAUGCGAGGAUCAACUCCUUUAGAUGUUGCAGCAGCCUCUGUAAUGGAUAACAAUGAACUUGCACUAGCUUUAAGGGAGCCUGAUCUGGAGAAGGUGGUUCGCUACUUGGCUGGAUGUGGAUUGCAGAGUUGUCCUUUGUUGAUUUCUAAAGGCUACCCAGACAUCGGAUGGAAUCCAGUUGAAGGAGAGCGAUAUUUGGAUUUUCUUCGUUUUGCUGUUUUUUGCAAUGGAGAGAGUGUGGAGGAGAAUGCUAAUGUUGUAGUCAGACUGCUUAUCCGUCGACCUGAAUGUUUUGGUCCAGCUCUAAGAGGAGAAGGAGGCAAUGGGUUACUUGCUGCCAUGGAGGAAGCAACACAAAUAUCAGAAGAUCCAACAAGAGAUGGACCUUCCCCAAGUAAUGGAGCUAGUAAAACCCUUGAAAUGGAAGAACAAGAAGAUGACACUAUUCAUAUGGGAAAUGCAAUCAUGACCUUUUAUGCUGCUUUGAUUGAUCUCUUAGGACGUUGUGCCCCUGAAAUGCAUCUAAUCCAUGCUGGUAAAGGGGAAGCCAUUAGAAUCAGAUCAAUUCUACGGUCUUUGAUUCCACUGGAAGAUUUGGUGGGAGUAAUUAGUAUUCCUUUUCACAUGCCAACUAUAGCUAAAGAUGGUACUGUGGUGGAACCUGACAUGUCUGCGGGGUUUUGCCCAGAUCACAAGGCAGCCAUGGUUUUGUUCCUUGACAGGGUCUAUGGAAUUGAGGACCAGGAUUUUCUUCUACACCUUCUUGAAGUUGGCUUUCUGCCAGAUCUUCGUGCUGCUGCUUCUUUAGAUACGGCUGCUUUAAGUGCUACGGAUAUGGCUUUGGCUCUGAAUCGAUACCUUUGCACAGCAGUCUUGCCUCUGUUGACCAGAUGUGCCCCUCUUUUUGCUGGCACAGAGCACCAUGCUUCACUCAUCGAUUCCUUAUUACAUACUGUGUACAGACUCUCAAAGGGAUGCUCUCUUACCAAAGCUCAGCGAGAUUCUAUUGAAGAGUGUUUGUUGUCCAUCUGUGGGCAGUUGCGGCCUUCCAUGAUGCAGCAUUUGCUGAGAAGAUUAGUAUUUGAUGUUCCUCUAUUAAAUGAACAUGCAAAGAUGCCUCUCAAGUUGCUGACAAAUCAUUAUGAAAGAUGCUGGAAGUAUUAUUGUUUGCCAGGUGGAUGGGGUAACUUUGGUGCUGCCUCAGAAGAAGAACUUCAUUUAUCCAGAAAGUUGUUCUGGGGUAUUUUUGAUGCUUUGUCUCAAAAGAAGUAUGAACAAGAACUGUUCAAAUUGGCUUUGCCUUGUUUGAGUGCAGUUGCAGGGGCCUUACCUCCAGACUAUAUGGAAUCAAAUUAUGUCAAUAUGAUGGAAAAACAGUCUUCAAUGGAUUCAGAUGGGAACUUUAAUCCUCAACCUGUUGAUACAUCAAACAUUACAAUCCCUGAAAAGCUAGAAUAUUUCAUUAACAAAUAUGCAGAACACUCUCAUGACAAAUGGUCAAUGGAAAAGUUUGCCAAUGGAUGGACAUAUGGUGAAACGUAUUCUGAAUCUGCAAAGGUGCAGCCAUUAAUGAAACAAUAUAAGUUACUAUCUGAAAAGGAGAAAGAAAUUUAUCGAUGGCCAAUCAAAGAAUCACUAAAAACUAUGCUGGCAUGGGGAUGGCGAAUUGAAAGAACACGGGAGGGAGAUUCCAUGGCACUGUAUAAUCGGACUCGUCGCAUAUCUCAAACCAGUCAAGUGAAUACUGCCCAUGGUUACACUCCUCGAGCAAUUGACAUGAGCAAUGUCACUCUCUCCAGAGACUUACAUGCUAUGGCUGAGAUGAUGGCCGAAAACUACCAUAACAUAUGGGCAAAGAAAAAGAAAAUGGAGCUUGAAGCAAAAGGAGGAGGCAACCAUCCUCUUCUUGUUCCUUAUGAUACACUCACAGCCAAAGAAAAAGCCAAGGACAGAGAAAAAGCACAGGAUAUUCUGAAAUUUCUACAGAUUAAUGGAUAUGUUGUCUCCAGAGGACUUAAGGACUUGGAAUUAGACACACCUUCCAUUGAGAAACGCUUUGCCUACAGCUUCCUUCAGCAACUUAUAAGAUACGUGGAUGAAGCCCAUCAGUACAUUCUGGAGUUUGGUAUAGUACUCCUUGUAGGCAAAGGAGACCACUUCCCAUACGAACAAGAAAUCAAGUUUUUUGCCAAAGUUGUGCUCCCUUUGAUUGAUCAGUAUUUUAAAAAUCAUCGCCUGUAUUUCUUAUCUGCAGCAAGUAGGCCUCUCAGCAGUGGAGGCCAUGCCUCUAAUAAAGAGAAAGAAAUGGUAACAAGCCUGUUCUGCAAACUUGGAGUUCUUGUCAGGCAUAGGAUUUCACUGUUUGGAAAUGAUGCAACAUCAAUAGUCAACUGUCUUCACAUACUGGGCCAGACCUUGGAUGCGAGGACUGUGAUGAAAACUGGUCUGGAAUCUGUUAAGAUGGCAUUGAGAGCAUUUUUGGACAAUGCUGCUGAGGAUCUGGAGAAAACAAUGGAAAAUCUUAAGCAAGGCCAGUUUACACACAGCAGAAACCAACCAAAGGGAGUUACACAAAUAAUUAAUUAUACCACAGUUGCUCUUCUGCCAGUGCUAUCUUCAUUAUUUGAGCAUAUUGGACAGCACCAGUUUGGGGAAGAUUUGAUAUUGGAAGAUGUUCAGGUCUCCUGUUACAGAAUAUUGGACAGUUUAUAUGCUUUGGGAACCAGCAAGAGUAUCUACGUAGAGCGGCAACGAUCAGCACUAGGAGAAUGCUUGGCUGCUUUCUCAGGUGCCUUUCCAGUGGCUUUUUUGGAAACUCACUUGAACAAACAUAAUAUCUACUCAAUUUACAAUACCAAGAAUGCGAGAGACAGAGCAGUUCUCAAUUUGCCUACUAGUGUAGAAGAGGUUUGCCCAAAUAUUCCUUCCUUGAUGAAACUAAUGGAAGAAAUUGUGGAACUGGCAGAGUCUGGUAUUCGUUAUACACAAAUGCCACAUAUCAUGGAAGUAAUAUUGCCUAUGCUAUGUAGUUACAUGUCACACUGGUGGGAGCAUGGGCCAGAAAACAACCCUGACAAGGCUGAAAUGUGUUGCACAGCCUUGACGUCAGAGCACAUGAACACUCUGUUGGGUAACAUAUUGAAAAUCAUCUAUAACAACCUUGGUAUUGAUGAAGGAGCCUGGAUGAAGAGAUUAGCAGUGUUUUCCCAGCCCAUCAUAAGCAAAGCGAAGCCACAGCUCUUAAAGACACACUUCCUGCCACUGAUGGAUAAGCUAAAGAAAAAAGCAGCAGUGGUUGUAUCGGAUGAAGAACAUCUAAGAGCAGAAGGCAGAGGUGACAUGUCGGAGGCUGAACUGCUCAUCCUAGAUGAGUUCACCACUUUGGCACGGGACCUCUAUGCCUUCUACCCUUUGUUGAUUAGAUUUGUGGACUAUAACAGGGCAAAAUGGCUGAAAGAGCCCAACACUGAAGCAGAAGAAUUGUUCCGCAUGGUGGCUGAGGUCUUCAUUUACUGGUCAAAGUCUCAUAAUUUCAAAAGAGAAGAGCAGAACUUUGUGGUACAAAAUGAAAUCAACAACAUGUCUUUCCUUAUCAGUGACACCAAAUCUAAGAUGUCCAAGGCAGCAGUUUCUGACCAGGAGAGGAAGAAGAUGAAGCGAAAAGGUGACCGGUACUCUAUGCAGACCUCUCUCAUUGUGGCAGCACUGAAGAGAUUACUUCCCAUUGGCCUAAACAUCUGUGCUCCUGGAGACCAAGAGCUAAUUGCGCUAGCCAAAAAUCGAUUCAGUAUGAAAGAUACUGAAGAUGAAGUACGAGAUAUCAUCCGUAGUAAUCUUCAUCUCCAGGGCAAGCUUGAGGAUCCCGCCAUUAGAUGGCAGAUGGCACUUUACAAAGAUUUACCAAACAGGACUGAAGAUUCCUCAGAUCCAGAGAAAACUGUGGAAAGGGUCCUUGAUAUAGCUAAUGUGCUGUUUCACCUGGAACAGGUUGAGCAUCCUCAGCGAUCAAAAAAAGCAGUGUGGCAUAAGCUGCUGUCUAAACAGAGGAAAAGAGCAGUAGUUGCCUGUUUUAGAAUGGCACCAUUGUAUAAUCUGCCAAGGCACCGAGCCGUCAAUCUCUUUCUUCAAGGCUAUGAUAAAUCUUGGAUUGAAACAGAAGAACACUAUUUUGAAGACAAACUGAUAGAAGACUUAGCAAAACCUGGGGAGGAACCACCGGAAGAAGAUGAAAGCCUUAAAAGAGUUGAUCCUUUACAUCAACUUAUUCUGCUAUUCAGUCGAACAGCCUUAACUGAAAAAUGCAAAUUGGAAGAAGAUUUCCUGUAUAUGGCUUAUGCUGACAUUAUGGCAAAGAGCUGCCAUGAUGAAGAUGAUGAUGAUGGUGAAGAAGAAGUGAAGAGUUUUGAAGAAAAAGAAAUGGAAAAGCAAAAACUUCUGUAUCAACAAGCCAGACUGCAUGACCGGGGUGCUGCUGAGAUGGUUCUGCAGACAAUCAGUGCUAGUAAAGGUGAGAUGGGGCCAAUGGUUGCAGCUACCCUAAAGCUAGGGAUUGCCAUCUUAAAUGGAGGAAAUUCUACCGUUCAACAGAAAAUGCUUGACUACCUCAAGGAUAAAAAGGACGUGGGAUUCUUUCAGAGCCUUGCUGGUCUUAUGCAGUCCUGUAGUGUUCUUGACCUAAAUGCAUUUGAACGUCAGAACAAAGCAGAAGGCCUUGGCAUGGUGACUGAAGAGGGAUCAGUCAUCACUCAUGAGCGUGGAGAAAAGGUGAUGCAGGAUGAUGAGUUCACCUGUGACCUCUUCCGCUUCCUUCAAUUGCUUUGUGAAGGACAUAAUUCAGAUUUUCAGAAUUACCUGAGAACUCAGACUGGUAACAACACAACUGUUAAUAUUAUCAUUUCCACUGUGGAUUACUUAUUAAGAGUUCAGGAAUCCAUUAGUGAUUUCUAUUGGUAUUAUUCUGGGAAGGAUGUUAUUGAUGAGCAAGGACAACGAAAUUUUUCCAAAGCCAUCCAGGUUGCAAAACAAGUUUUCAAUACUCUUACAGAGUAUAUCCAGGGGCCAUGUACUGGGAAUCAGCAAAGUCUGGCACACAGCAGGCUCUGGGAUGCUGUAGUUGGUUUUCUUCAUGUGUUUGCCCACAUGCAGAUGAAGCUGUCUCAGGAUUCCAGUCAAAUUGAAUUACUGAAGGAAUUAAUGGAUCUUCAGAAGGAUAUGGUUGUCAUGUUGCUGUCUAUGCUGGAAGGUAAUGUUGUGAAUGGAACUAUUGGCAAGCAGAUGGUCGAUAUGCUUGUGGAAUCGUCCAACAAUGUGGAGAUGAUUCUGAAGUUUUUUGAUAUGUUCUUAAAAUUGAAGGAUUUGACUUCCUCUGAUGCAUUCAAAGAAUAUGACCCUGAUGGUAAAGGGAUAAUUUCAAAGAGGGAUUUUCACAAGGCAAUGGAAAGCCAUAAGCAUUACACCCAGUCUGAAACUGAGUUUCUGCUAUCAUGUGCUGAAACAGAUGAGAAUGAGACUCUGGACUAUGAGGAGUUUGUGAAACGAUUCCAUGAACCUGCCAAAGACAUUGGUUUCAAUGUCGCUGUUCUUCUGACCAACCUGUCAGAACACAUGCCCCAUGAUACCCGCUUGCAAACUUUUCUUGAACUGUCAGAGAGUGUGCUGAAUUACUUUCAGCCUUUCCUUGGACGCAUAGAAAUCAUGGGCAGUGCAAAGCGCAUUGAACGAGUUUAUUUUGAAAUAAGUGAGUCAAGUCGGACUCAGUGGGAGAAACCUCAGGUAAAAGAGUCAAAGAGACAAUUUAUAUUUGAUGUUGUCAAUGAAGGCGGGGAGAAAGAAAAGAUGGAGCUUUUUGUUAAUUUCUGUGAGGAUACCAUCUUUGAAAUGCAACUGGCUGCCCAGAUCUCUGAGUCAGAUCUGAAUGAAAGGUCAGCAAAUAAAGAAGAGAAUGAGAAAGAUAAGCCUGAGGAACAGGAUCCUAGAAUGGGUUUCUUCUCUCUUGUGACUGUGAAGUCAGCAUUAGUGGCUCUCAAGUAUAAUUUAAUGACACUUAUGAAAAUGCUCAGCAUGAAAAGCCUAAAGAAACAGAUGAAAAAAGUGAAGAAAAUGACCAUGAAGGACAUGGUUAUGGCUUUGUUUUCUUCCUAUUGGAGCAUUUUGAUGGGCUUACUACAUUUUGCUUGUAGUGUUGUCCGGGGCUUCUUUCGCAUCAUAUGCAGUUUGCUGCUUGGAGGAAGCCUAGUAGAAGGAGCAAAGAAAAUAAAAGUGGCUGAACUAUUAGCUAAUAUGCCAGAUCCCACUCAGGAUGAGGUGCGUGGGGAAGGAGAAGAGGGGGAGAGGAAGCCAACAGAAGCUGCAUUGCCUGCAGAAGACUUGACAGAUCUGAGAACUUUAUCGGAUGAGAGUGAUCUACUCUCAGAUAUAUUUGGCUUGGAUUUGAAACGAGAAGGUGGACAGUAUAAAUUGAUCCCUCAUAAUCCAAAUGCUGGUUUGAGUGAUUUACUGAGCACUCCCUCCUUAGCUCCAAUGCCUGAGGCGCAGGAAAAAAUCCAGGAGCAGGUGAAAGAAGAUGAAAAGGAAGAGAAGGAGGAAACAAAAUCUGAACCUGAAAAAGCAGAAGGAGAAGAUGGAGAAAAAGAAGAGAAAGCCAAGGAAGACAAAGGAAAACAGAAAUUAAGACAACUUCAUACUCACAGAUAUGGAGAACCAGAAGUUCAGGAAUCAGCUUUCUGGAAGAAAAUCAUUGCAUAUCAGCAGAAGCUUCUUAAUUAUUUUGCGCGAAACUUUUACAACAUGAGGAUGUUGGCAUUGUUUGUUGCUUUUGCUAUCAACUUCAUCCUGCUUUUCUAUAAGGUCUCCACCUCUGCUGUGACAGAAGAAAAGGAAGUUCCUGCGGUAUCUGCUGGUGAAAGCGACAACCAGAGGGUCGUUGCAGUGCAUUACGUCCUGGAAGAAAGCAGUGGAUACAUGGAACCCACGCUGCGGAUUUUGGCCAUCCUACAUACAGUCAUCUCAUUCUUCUGCAUCAUAGGGUAUUACUGUUUGAAAGUUCCACUGGUUAUUUUUAAGAGAGAAAAGGAAGUGGCAAGGAAAUUGGAAUUUGAUGGGCUGUAUAUAACUGAACAGCCAUCAGAAGAUGAUAUUAAGGGGCAGUGGGAUAGACUUGUAAUCAACACACAGUCUUUUCCAAAUAACUAUUGGGACAAAUUUGUGAAAAGAAAGGUCAUGGAUAAAUAUGGUGAGUUCUAUGGCCGUGACAGGAUCAGUGAGUUACUAGGAAUGGACAAAGCUGCUCUCGAUUUUAGUGAUGCUCGAGAAAAGAAGAAACCAAAGAAGGAUAGCUCCUUAUCUGCUGUAAGCUGGCUAAAUUCCAUUGAUGUUAAGUAUCAGAUGUGGAAAUUAGGAGUUGUUUUCACUGAUAAUUCUUUCCUUUAUCUAGCGUGGUACAUGACCAUGUCAGUCCUUGGCCAUUACAACAAUUUUUUCUUUGCUGCUCAUCUCCUUGACAUUGCAAUGGGAUUCAAGACAUUACGAACUAUUCUGUCAUCAGUGACCCACAAUGGCAAACAGCUUGUACUAACAGUGGGAUUACUGGCAGUAGUAGUAUACUUGUAUACAGUAGUGGCAUUCAAUUUUUUUCGCAAGUUCUACAACAAGAGUGAAGACGGUGAUAUGCCAGACAUGAAAUGUGAUGAUAUGCUAACAUGCUACAUGUUUCACAUGUACGUUGGAGUACGUGCAGGUGGAGGCAUUGGUGAUGAAAUAGAGGAUCCAGCAGGAGAUGAAUAUGAAAUCUAUCGGAUUAUCUUUGACAUCACCUUCUUCUUCUUUGUGAUUGUCAUCCUGCUUGCAAUUAUUCAAGGUUUAAUUAUUGAUGCUUUUGGUGAGUUAAGAGAUCAGCAAGAGCAAGUUAAGGAAGACAUGGAGACGAAGUGCUUUAUCUGUGGAAUAGGAAAUGACUACUUUGAUACAGUGCCCCAUGGUUUUGAAACACACACACUACAGGAGCACAACUUGGCCAAUUAUUUGUUUUUUCUGAUGUAUCUUAUUAACAAAGAUGAAACAGAGCAUACAGGACAGGAAUCCUAUGUAUGGAAAAUGUAUCAAGAACGCUGCUGGGAGUUUUUCCCUGCUGGUGAUUGCUUCCGAAAACAAUAUGAAGACCAGCUCAACUAAGCAGAAAUGAGGAUUUCCAGACGAAAAUAUGUCCAUGUAUUUCCCAACUCUUUUGGGAAUGUCUAACAGAUUUCUUAAAUCCCCAAAGCUGUGUGCUUUUUGGAGCACCAAAGCUCUGUUUUUAAUGACCUAACUGCACUUUUAUUUUCUUGUGUAUUUGCUUUGGACACUGGAGUAAAGAACAACGAAAAAUAACAGCAGCUCUGGAAAACAAACCAACCACUUGCACACACGAAAGAUAUCCCUAUACAUAACAUGCACACAUAAGAAGAGACUUGAGACAGCGUAUUUCGGAAACUGCCAGAUGAUGCCCUUGUCUAUAAGAUCACACAUGGGGUGACAUGGUAGCAACACUCAUUCAAUCUGUUUAUUUCAUCAUCCUGGAAGGAACUAUAUGUAGUUCGCAGAGCACUGUAAAAGAUUGUUGUGGACACUAAGUUGUGGGGAAAUAGUGCCUUACUAUAUGUGGGUUGAGCUAUGCAGAAGAUGAGUGCAUGAUGACAUCGUUUUUUUUUUCUUUAUGUCUUCCCUUUCUUCCAAGUUAAUAUUUAUUUUGUGGUUUUGGUGGGUUUGGGAGGAAGGGAUUUGAUUGUGCACAUCUUUUUAGUAAGACUGGAGUGUCUCAGGACAAGUUUAGGUUAUUCUCAUCAAGUUAAUUUCACAUUUACCUUCCUCUUUAGCUUUUGCUCUUAUUUUGGUAAUGCUCUGAUACAACACUGCAACUUUAUGAAAUCUUUGUAUGAAAACAAGAUGACUGCAAAAAAAACCACUUUAACAAGAAAUAUUUCAUUGCAUGUUUAUUAUGCAAGUUUAAAACAAUCAAAAAAACAACCUUCAGAAGGAAGUUGAUCAACAUGAAAAAACAUUCACAAUAAUUAUAUCCAUAGUAAUAAAGUGUUGUGGGCUUUAUUGUACAUCUGGAACAAGUGUCAUCAGCCAACAAUGUAUAUGUUACGAAUUUGACAGUAGUUUUGGUUUCUUUUCUUUUUCUUUCUUUCAUUUCUGCCACCUGUGAUCAAUAGUGGCAUUGAAGAUUUUCUUGUUAAAUUAAUUUUUUAAAAGCAAAGCUGAAGCAAUAUCCAUUCAGGGACUCCAUCAGUUGCAUCAUGAAACACCAAUGAUGUAUACAUCACUCCAUUUUGAGUCCUUUUCAAUUGUAAUGCCAGUCUUUACAAAUAAAAAGAGAGAUUCAGAAUGGAAACAAGCUGGUUUUGUUAGCAUUUGAAGUCUUUGUUAUGGAGUCUUUUUAUUAAUCCCUGAAUUAAUUACACCCACUUCAAAACAGGAUUAAGCUGCUGUUUCCUUAAUGAAAGUUUUUGGGUUUAGUUUUGUUUUUUCUCCUGGACUUGCUGUUCUGUUGCUCCACCUCAUUUCUUUGCAGGCCACAGUUUUGUCAUAAAAUAAAUUGGCUGUAUCAACAUUGGGUUAUAACUAAGAAAAUUUAUAACUGAAGAAAUAAUCCUUUAAAAAUACUAAUUCUGUAUUCUUAAAAGCAAGGCUUUCAGUUCAGCAGAUUGUGAAUAUUGCUACUCUGAAAUUGGGAUCCUGGUGAGGAAUUCUCUCAAAUUCUACAAUAUUUGAGGCCAGAGGCUGGGCAGGCUGGUGAUAGUGGGAGGGGCAGGUACAGCAGCUACAGUUUGUAUUCAGGUUUUAAACCACCCCCAUCCAGUUUGGCGUAUUCAUUCCAGCUUUGUUUCCUCCCUAUUUGGCACAACUCCAGAAAACACUUUUAAUCAGCCUUUCUGGGAUUUGCAUAGAAGAUUUAGAAAUGGGGGAUUGCAAUGAUGUUCCUUUUUGGGUGUACAACAUGAGAAGAGUUGUUGUUUGACACACAGGUACACAUGCUAUUUUGCUUUUGCACGUUUUGUUGAGAAAUAUGUAGCUAAUGAUUCUGACUGAUAUUUCAAGAUCCUGUUGUCUUGAAAACGAAUUGAAAUGGACUUUGUAGGGAAAUACCAGAAUAAAAGUGACAUGUUUCUUUAA